CAAAAACCUAAUUUGUCUCCCACACCCUGUGCAGGCAAUUACAAAGACCUAAUUUGUUUCCCACACCCACCUCGCAUCUGCUGAGUCUGGGAAGCGAGCAAGCGGCAGGGCCGCAUUGGACGUCCACGCAUGGCCCAGAUCCCAAGGCGCAACCGACCGCAAUGUCACUGACUGGUCCUUUGUGCCGCGGCCCUGGCGUGGCACAGAGAUGCGGCUGCCGGCUGCUACCUCGCCGGCGAGACACGGCGAUCCUUUCCCAGUGCAAUGCGUGUCUCGACCUAGGGAGACGUUCGGAGCUUGUGUCGCGGCGGAGUGCCGGGAGCCAGCCAACCGUAGCCCGGCUAGACACAGAAAAGUCUCCAACUCGGCUCGCUCUCGCUUGGCUGCGACGCGCAGGCGUGGGCGGCACUGGGGUAACAAUACAUGCGCCCACUCGUUCUAGCUCACACCGUCAGGGCAGUGCCAGCACAUACGCGGAAGUUGCGGCAGACACUGCCACGGCGGAAAACGUUGCGACGCUGGCUAGGAGAACAGCUCAGAACCAGGUCGCCAGCAUCAGUGGUAGCGGCAGUGCCGUCGGCGGCAGUUGCGCUAGUGAUACGCCCCAUCAAAGGCGGCGAUGGCCAACGGCUGCAGCUCCAAAAGGUAACUCUGCAAACAUGGUCAACAAAGGAGCUUACCAUGUGCGGCACUUCACAUCACUACGCCUGCGCGGCGACGCCACAGCCGCACCCAGCCCGGACAUGCAAUCCAAUCACGGCUGGCUGAACAGCGUGUGCGGUGCAACACCGACCCUCGGCGGGCCCAGCCGCUGCAGCCCAGCUCAGCACCGUGGUGGCGCGGUCAUCGGAGCAUUUGCUGGGUUGUGGCGCGAUUCUCGGGAUCGAGUCGGGUCGGGGGCCGCCCUCUGCUCGGCGUGCCAUCGGCAUCCGCCCGAGGCCCGAACGCGGCACGACCGCUACGUGCCGAGCCGCCAGCCGCGACGUGUAUUUGAGCGAUGAGACUCGCCAGGUGGCGAUACCACAACCACCAAGUGAGCUUCCA